GCCGGUGGCCGGAAGUGAAGCCCAAGCUCGGGGCCAGCGCGCGGCGGCGGCUCCAUGGAAACGCGGAGCCAACGGCCGCCACCGGCCCGGGGAGCGGGAGCCGAGCCCAGAGAGCGAACAUGCAGCUCCUCACCUAAGAUGAUGCAGAAUAGCGUUUGCACUGACUUUGUGACCCCUGCUGGACAGUGUGUCAACAGUUAUGAAGUUGUGAAUCUUCAAAAUUGUGAAGUGAAGACUUGGUCUUUGUCUGUACCAAAUUAUAAGCAUAAUUUGCACUGCAUUAGAUAUGAAGACAGUAGUAGCCUUAAUUCCGAAGAUUCAGGCAUUCCCACAUUGGAAAUUGGAAAUCCAGAGCCGAUCCAUUGUGGUAUUUUAAAUGCCAGGAUGAAUAAUGCCGAUUUAUCCCAAACUACUGGAAUUUCACAUGAAAAACUUGUUCAAGGCUCAGGUAGUCUUCCUCCUGGCAUGUGUUCACCAGCUGCACGUCUGGAGAGUGAGAGUAUUUUGCGAAAGUCAUCAACAUUCCCCCGGACUGGCUAUGAUAAUGUGAAACUGUACAGCCCAUCUGCUAGAGGAGGAAACAAGGCCGAUAACAUGUCUGUAAGCAGCAUCUCCAGCCUCAGCACGGAGCUAUCCACCACUCUGUCUGUCAGUAAUGAGGAUAUUUUGGAUAGCCUAGUCACCAGUGACUCAAGUGCAAUUGUAAACCUGGAAACUGAUGAUGCACAGUUCACAGAUGUCAGUUUAAGUUGCUCCAGAGAUACAUACAAUGGAGGCAGCAAUCCUUUCGAACAAGAAGCCAAAUACAGAAAGCUGGGCCCACUUGCCACCUUCUUUACCAGGAGUUUAUUUGCUAAGAAGCUCAAAGAAUCUGCAACUGUAGAUCAGAGUCCUCCAGGGUGGAAAUUGUUUGGAAAGAUACCGACUAAGGAAACACCUCGAAAAGAUGCUAAGAAGAUUCAGCAGACAUACAGUGGGAUGGAAUAUGAAGAAAAAGCUAGGAGAGCCCACAAGUGUUCCUCUCCUAAUCAGAGUGUGAGGAAGAACCUGGACUUCGAGCCUCUCUCCACAACAGCACUUAUCCUAGAAGACAGGCCAGCAAAUCUUCCGGCAAAACCUGCAGAAGAAUCUCAGAAACACAGGCAACAGUACGAGGAGAUGGUGGCUCAAGCAAAAAAACGAGAGCUAAAAGAUGCUCAGAAGCGCAGGAAGCUCCUAGAGGAGAGGUGUAAACUGGAAGAAACAAUCGGCAAUGCUGUGCUGACCUGGAACAAUGACAUUCUGCCCAACUGGGAGACUGUGUAUCAAUCUCGUAAAGUUCGGGAGCUCUGGUGGCAGGGUAUUCCUCCAAGUGUAAGGGGAAAAGUGUGGCGCUUGGCAAUGGGCAAUGACUUGAACAUUACUCACGAAUUGUAUGACAUUUGCCUAUCACGAGCUAAAGACAAGUGCAGAUCUCUCAGCAUAGCAACAUCGGAUACAGACAAUGAAGACUCGGGGCUUUCUGCAGCGGACAGGGAAGCCAGCUUGGAUCUCAUCAAGUUGGAUAUUUCUCGCACAUUUCCUAAUCUUUGUAUAUUUCAACAGGGUGGCCCUUAUCACGAUGAACUUCACAGCAUUUUAGGUGCAUAUACCUGUUACAGACCUGAUGUAGGAUAUGUGCAGGGAAUGUCAUUCAUUGCUGCAGUGCUGAUACUAAACCUGGAUACUGCAGAUGCCUUUAUUGCCUUUUCUAAUUUAUUGAACAAACCAUGUCAGAUGGCAUUCUUUCGCGUGGACCAUGGCCUUAUGUUGACGUAUUUUGCAGCCUUUGAGGUGUUCUUUGAAGAGAAUUUGCCACGAUUGUUUGCACAUUUCAAGAAAAACAACCUUACCCCAGAUAUUUAUUUAAUUGACUGGAUCUUCACGCUGUACAGCAAAUCUUUACCUCUGGACCUUGCGUGUCGUGUCUGGGAUGUAUUCUGCCGUGAUGGAGAGGAAUUCCUUUUCCGAACUGCUCUUGGGAUCUUAAAACGUUAUGAGGAUAUUUUGACACCAAUGGAUUUUAUCCACAUGGCGCAGUUCCUGACUAAACUCCCAGAUGAUGUGGUAGCUGAGGAGUUCUUUGGAGCCAUUGCGACCGUUCAGAUGCAGAGCAGAAACAAAAAGUGGGCUCAGGUCCUGACAGCACUCCAAAAAGACACCAGGGAGCUGGAGAAAGGAAGCCCUUCUCUGAAGCGAUGACUUGCACACCUGAACAUCUGAUGCCAUAUUCCAGUACAUUAAAAAUGAAGACCCUUAUAAAUCAGAAGAAUGCAGUUCUUACUGUGAAUCCCACCUGUCUUUUGAGUUGCUUCUGAAAUCACUGGAGUUGAACUUAAACAAUCUAUAUACAUAAUUGAAACCAUGGUCGUAGCCUUAAACUCAAAUGGCCUCAUCUCCUAUGCAUCAAAUGUAGUGUUGCUUUAUUUGACCUAUUUGAAGACCAGCUUGCAACAAUCGUACAAUGCUGGAGUAAUAUUUUACUGCUGGUCUCAAAUGCUUUUAUCCAACUUUGAAUAACCAGCAUGUCACGUAUAUUAGGAUAAAAAGAAAAGUUGUAUUCACAUGAAGAUGUGUUUUCUCACAUCUACUCUCAUUCCUUAUGUCAUUUAGAAGAACAUGAUUUCAUUCGUCAAAUUUGAAAUUUGAAAGCAUAACUUCUUAAUCAUGUUAUUAAUCAUGUUAUUCCAUGCCACUAAAAAUAUCAAGAGUUGUACCACAAAAUAGACUAUCCUCAAAGUACAUCUUUUUUAUGGCCGAAACUUCCCGAUUUCAAUCUGAUUCAAAUCAUUUCAUUAAGUUUCCCCAAUUUCACAAUUACAUUUGUCUUUUUGUAACUCAGUUAAUUUUCACUUGCAGUGAAUGCAUCCCGGUUAUUUUGUCUCAAGUUAAACACAGGAACUGUGAAUGCAUCCAUUCAAAUGACCUUUAUGUAACCAAACACUUGGAUUCUCUUCCUGGGCCUUCCUGUGCAUUAGAGGUAACUACUGUUACUAGGAGAGUCCCACAAAAAACAAUAUUAGUGUAAUGUUAAACAAAGUGUGUGAAAUGCUAAGGUAAAAUUCCAUCUGUUUCACUAGAAGAUUGGUAUUUCUGUAGUCUAAAGCAUAAAAUUUAAAAAAUAUAUAUAUCAGGAUUUUAAGUUGGCAUUAUUUUUAUGAAAUUUAAUCUAGAAUAACAAUGUCCAGUGAUCUUACUCAAUAACAGCUAUUGAGAGUAGAUUACGAAUCAUCUUGCAGUGAAUUCAAUGCAGCUACUGAUGUGGUUCAAUGAGCUAUGAUUCGGUGUUAGCUCAUCGUGCUGGAAGACAGCUCCACACACGUGCACUCAAACAAGCACAUAGAGUAUUGUACUGCUUACCCAUCUCCAACUGAGGGUUGUUUCCUGCAAUUGUGAAGACCGGACCACUUUUGCAUUGAAAGGCAGAUGAUUUAUAGUAGCAAAGGUUUAAAGGCAAGUUGAAAAGCAAGCUUUCUGUCAGCAGCUGUUGUACUGCUCCUCUGAUCAUGUUGCUGCACCAACGAUCAACAGAUGGUUACUUCUAUUUGGAGUGUUGUAAUUUUGAUUUAAUACAUUCAGUGAUUUGGUUUGGAUUCACUCUUUCCUCCUCUCCUCAAGUACUUAAUUGUAUUCAGUACUUCAUUGU